CUGUAUUAAUGAUAUAAUGUAUCAUUUAAUGUGAUAAAAGUCAUUGGACGACAUGUCAGACAAUCAGCAAAUGUCUGAGUCAUCGAUGUCUUCAGCAAUCGAUCAGUUUUGCAGUUUUACUGGAUCGACCGAAUCGGUGGCCCGAACGGCACUGGAGUCGUGUAACUGGAAUAUAGACUUAGCGGUCAAUAUGUUUAUUGAUCAAAAUGAUGGCCAAAACGCUGUGGUGGCCAACAAUGACACAAAUCAUGUAUCGACGGCCUCAUCGAUGGACACAUCAAAUCCCUUGAGUUAUAAUACAGAAGAUGAUGUUCGACCGCCCAUUCCUCCGGUACGUCAGGUGUUGGUCGAGGACUUCCCGACGGCUUCAUACAGUCACCCCUUACGUCGCGGGGGCGCUAACUCUGUGUUUGAUGCCUUCCGUGACUUUGAACAGGAGGCCAGAUGGCACGAACAGCAAAUGGACAGCGAGUCGUCCUCCAACUCAUCGACGAAUCCGACGACCAACAAGAGGAAGACACUCGAAGACUUGUUCCGACCGCCACUCGACCUGAUGUGUCGCGGAACUGUUGAACACGCCAAAGACGAAGGCAGACGACUUAAUAAGUGGCUUAUGAUUAACAUUCAGAACUAUCAGGAGUUUUCGUGUCAAGUGUUAAACAGAGAUGUCUGGAGUAAUACUGCCGUUAAAGACAUAAUUACCGAACACUUUAUUUUUUGGCAGACAUAUCACGAUAGUUCCGAAGGCCAGCGUUUUAUGCAAUUCUAUAAAGUGAAAAACUUUCCUUAUGUGGCAAUUAUUGAUCCGCGCACUGGUGAAGAAUUACGUUCGUGGACUGCCAUAGAACCCGUUUCGUUCUGUGAUUUGGUCACUGAAUUUCUUCACGAUAUGCCAUCGCCUUAUGGUUCAAGUAAUGCCAAUGAAUUGAUUAAUCACCGAAAAUCAAGUCCUGAAAAGGCUCUCUACGAGGAGAGUGAAGAAAUGCAACUAAAGGCUGCCAUCGAAGCCUCACUUACUGAUGCCAGCCAUCAAACCACUAACAAUGAUAACGAUGACAGUGAUUGUGAAACAUUUGAUUCUGACAAUGAAGACAAUACAAAGUUAAGCAACAAAGUGUCCAAUUUGUCACAUAAAACCAAAGAGAUGACCUCAUUCUCAAAUGUUAAGCCUUCGACAUCAGUUGUUAUGCCUUCAGCUUCAGUUGUUAAACAAGAAAACAUUGAAAUAGAAGACUAUCACAAAUAUUUGGGACCAGAAAAUGGCUCAAAAUUUGAAUUUGUUGUCAGAUAUCCCGAUGGAAACAGAGAAAACAUCACAUUUCCAUCUGAUUCACGAAUUAAGGCCUUAUUUAUCUAUUUAUCAUCAAAAGGUUAUAAUAUGAAUGAUUUUGAUUUAAUCACAAAUUUUCCCAAAAGAAAUCUAAAAGAGUACUUUACAAAUGAAUCGGAUGUUAUAACUCUGGAAUCGGCAGGUAUUCACUCCAGAGAUACUCUGUAUGUUCAACACAAGACAUGAUGUUUUUACAAAUGUAUAUAUAAUUAGUGAAAAAUAUUUCUAUCAUUUUAUAAAUAUAAUAAAAAUGAACG